AGGGAGUCAGUCUGUGAAUUCUCUCUGAGCUCUUGUGUUAGUCCUAAAAAAACCAGACACUUUUGCAAUAUUCUGUACUAGUUUCUCCAUACUGCUUGCAACUCCUUAUUCUCUCCAAAUUCUCCUCUCCCUCCUCUUUCUAUCUCAGAGUCCCAGAGUGGAGCAGAGGAAAACAUCUGGAUUGUGGUUUUUUUUAAACAGAAGAGGGGGAACGAGAGAAAAAGAAAAGGAAAAAGGGAUGGAUGUUCUCUGCUUAAAGCAGAAACCCCCUGCUUUGAUAUAUUUAAAGAGUGAAGGCUGAAGUUUGCUAGGAUGGUUAUUUGGGACGGAAGUUCAAGGAAUCAAUAUAUUUAGUACAAGAAAGAAGAUACAAGGAAACCUGUCUUGUUUUUUUGGAUGUGUAAUUGUUACUGUUAGCAGCAGCAGCAGCUAUACUGAGUGCUGCUGCUCUGUGGGGCUUUUCCACUGUGGAAUGUAUAGGGUCUAUUUUGGGUUGUGGAUGCGAUAUAGCUCUUAUCUCUUACUGGAGGAAACAUUAAAAGACGAACAAUUAAGCCCAGCCCAGCCCAGUCCAGUCUCGCCCUGCAAAUCACCUGUGGGCCUUCUGGAAGUGCCCCACCAACAAGAAAUUUCUGGGGAUGCCUCUGUCUGCGCAGAAGCUGUGGUGAAAAGAGGAAGCAGGAGUAGAAUCAGGCGUAGCACACCGUGCUUGCAGCCAGCUCACAGAUUUUCAGCAACACCGAGAGAAUGGGUUGUGUGAGCAGACACUUCUGGUUGUCUAAGUGUUGACCACCUCCUAUGUUGUAUUUGAAAAAGAGACAAAGGAAGGCUGAGCUGAAGAAGUGGUAUAUUUACGGCUCACCAACACAGUCAGGAUGCCCAAGAUCUACGAGGAUUACUUGAAACCAGAUACGGUCAGAAAACAUUACAAUUACACCAAAGAGAACCGUGUUGAGAGUGCUUCUCAGGAGGUUGUCUCUGCAAUCGUUAUAAUAAUCUGUUGCAUUAUUAUCCUGGAGAACCUACUUGUACUAAUUUCUAUAUGGCGCAACAAGAAAUUCCACUCUGCUAUGUUCUUUUUUAUUGGAAAUUUGGCAUUUUCCGACCUCCUUGCUGGUUCUGCAUACAUUGCCAACAUCCUGCUGUCAGGGAAAGUUACACGUUCAUUAACUCCAGUUCAAUGGUUUAUUCGUGAAGGAACUGCAUUUACAACACUAUCUGCUUCUGUCUUCAGCCUACUGGCUAUAGCCAUUGAACGUCAUGUGGCUAUUGUUAAAGUGAAGGUCUAUAGUAGUGACAGAAACUGUAGGAUGUUUUUUCUUAUAGGGGCCUGUUGGGUUAUAUCAAUGGUCAUUGGAGGGCUACCCAUACUGGGUUGGAACUGUAUUAAAGAUAUGGAUGAGUGUUCCACUGUGUUUCCUUUAUACUCCAAGAAUUAUAUUCUUUUUAUAGUCACCAUCUUCACUGCCAUACUGUUAUCCAUUGUUAUCUCAUACGUACGGAUAUAUUUAAUUGUGAAGUCCAGUCAUGCUGAGAUUGCUGCCCCUCAGACACUCGCCCUUCUAAAAACUGUGGCUAUAGUUCUUGGUGUAUUUAUCAUCUGUUGGUUGCCGGCAUUCAGCAUCCUGUUAAUGGAUUUCUCCUGUGAGAGGAAAAAGUGCCCAAUACUUUACAAAGCUGAAUACUUUUUUGGAGUGGCCACCUUGAAUUCAGCCAUGAACCCAAUCAUUUACACACUGAGGAGCAAAGAGAUGAGGAAAGAGUUUUUGAGAGUACUGUGUUGUUGGGGUUGCUUUCAUAAAAACAGGAAUCCUGACAGACGUAUGCUUCCACUACGAAGCUCCAGCUCCCAGGAACGUUGCACACAAAAACCUGACAGUCCCAUAUCACCAAUUAUAACUAAUUGCACAACAUUUGUGUGACUUAAAAAUCUGACAAUUUGGAGGAAAAAACUUUGGGAAAGAUUCUCUCCAAAGAAUUCAGAGUGCACCAUUAAUAUACAAGCAUAAUGCUUUCACCAAUAUAGUCCUGAGCCAUUUUACUUAAUUACAGGCAACUUACAUUUUUGCACCGGAGUAUGUAAAACCAUCACACUGCUUCUUGGUUAAACACCCCUUUCAAAUUUCUAUUUUUCGGCACAGAUUGCUGGUUUUCUGUAUAUUGUGAAUUCAUACUAGGCUAUUUAUCUUAAAUUAGGAAUUUAUUUUUUAACAUUAGAAUUCUGCUGAGAAUACACAUUCCAAACUUCCUGGUAUUAGGAUAACACAUUUCCACCCCCUUGAUUUGAGCAGUAAUAAUGUGAUCAAAAAAGUAAGCCUAAUUUUUUUACAAUAAUUUAAUUUAAAUAUUAUUACAUACAUUUUCUCUAUCUUUAAAGGAAACGCCUAAAAUGUAUGAUUUUUUUUUAAAAAAAUCAAUGUUCCUGUGCUGCAGGCUUUUCAACGAGAGUUGACUAUCCCAUCCAGUCAGCAAUAGAGUCCCAGGACUACACUGUAAACAAUGAUGCACUUCCUGCUAGUUUAAAUUUACAUUUAAAUAGCUUUAACUUAACCUUUUUCUAAUGCAAAAAAUAUAUUUUAACAUGCAAAAAUAUAUUUUAACAUGUUUUACUGAUGCUCUUUUGUACACAUAAUAAAAAGAGUUUGAGUAAUAUAUCCCUAUAAAUACACUAGUGCACUUAAGAUUUUCUCAGUAGAAUGUAAUGUUGUGUUAAUUUACAGUACCCCUAUUCUGCUAGACUUCAGUUUACAGCUGCUUAAUAGUAUUAUACUUUCUAUAAUAUCUACUUUCUUACCUGUUUUCUCCUAUAACACAUACAUAUUGACGAGUUUGUAUUAUGAAGACAGUAUUAUAGCAACCAUCUCAUGAGGGCUUAAAGGGACACUAAACCCAACAUUUUUCUUUCAUGAUUCAGGUAGAGAAUACAAUUUUAAAUACUUUUAAAAGUUACUUCUAUUAUCUAAUUUCCUUCAUUUUUAAGAUAUGCUUUGUUGAAGAAAUAGCAAUGCACAUGAGUAAGCCAAUAACAUGAGGCAUCUAUGUGCAGCCACCAAUCAGCAGCUACUGAGCCUAUCUAGAUAUGCUUUUCUGCAAAGAAUAUCAAGAGAAUGAAGCAAAUUAGAUAAUAGAAAUUAAUUAGAAAGUUGUUUAAAACUGCAUACUCUUUCUAAAUCAUGAAAUAUAAAGAUUGGGUUUAAUGUCCCUUUAAAUAAACCUCUCAAUGGUUGCUUUCAUAAUAUUUAUUUUGUGUUUUGUAUAUUUUAAACUGUACAUAACAAAUAAUACAGAAACCACCAAUUUAUUUUAGUAGUCCAGAUGAUUUCCUUUUUUUAAUAUCCUGAAUGCUAUGUAUUUUCUUAUGAAAAUGUGAUAUAUUUUUUUUAAUGGAAAGACAUAAAGCAGAUCCUGCCCCCUUCACUUCCUGUGCAGACUUUCCCAUGCUUACAGAAUUGAAAUCUGCAAGAGACUAGUAUAAACAAGCAUAAAGAUCAAGAACUGUACCGUCAAAUCUUCAAUCUGCUAUGUACCAACGAGGCCUUGUUAAAGCAAAAAUAUUUUUAGGAGAGAUACAAAUCACUAUUCAUUUUUUUAAGGUUGUUUAAUACUAAAACAAACAUAUUUAUGUAAAAUGACUUUAAUAUAUCAAGACUGGAAAAUCCCCCCACUUGUUUACAUUCUCCAACAAUGAAAAUAUAUAGUUCACCUUCAGUAGAUACAGGGCAUUGCCCACCCACAAUGCACUGCCUCUCUCAUGAGGGCUUUGUUAAAAUACAGUGAAAAAACCAUACAGACCCCUGAUUAUGGUAGUUAUAAAUUCAAAAUAUUUUGUUCUUACUUUGAACCAAGUGCAUUUUAAAAUGUGUUAUAGUUUAUUUAUUUGUUUUAAUUUGUUUUUUUUCUGCGGAAAAAAAACAAAAAACUUUGUUUUUAUGUUUGAGGUAUCAUUACCCACCAAUACAGCUUUUGGGGGUUGUCCUUAUAACCAAUUACAAUUAUUUCCAUCAAUCAGUUAAAGGAACAGUCUACUCCAAAAUGUUUAUUUUUUUAAAAACAUAGAUAAUCCCUUUAUUACCCAUGCCCCAGUUUUGCACAACUAACACUAUUAUAUUAAUAUACUUUUUAGCUCUGUGAUUACCUUGUAUCUAAGCCUUCUCAGAUUGUCUCCUUAUCUCAAUUCUAUUUAUAGACUUGCAUUUUAGCCAAUUAGAGCAGACUCAUGAAUAACUCCAUGAGCACAAUAUUAUCUACAUGGCACACAUGAACGAGUAGUGUGUUGAGGUGAAAAGCCAUAAAAAUUUCCUGAGAUAAAGGUGGCCUGCAGGGGCUUAGAAACAGGCAGACAUUUAGAUUUUAAAGGCUAUAAAGUAUAUAAUGGUUAUUAACGGUGUUACCUAUUUUUUUUAAAUACAAUUUUGGAGUAGACUGUCCCUUUAAGCACAAAUAUUUACCUCCUGUCCUUUUUAAAAAUGAACAGACUUAAUUUAACUUUUUCAUGCAAAAAUGUUGUAGCAUAUUCUUUUAUAUUUUUGAGUUUAAUAUCCCUUUAAAUAAAUGUGACAAACAGCAGCACAUUUUUUAUAUUGACAUUCACAAUUUAUUCAUGGUGCAUUUUUUAUGCCAAUUUUAAAAGAUUGUGCACAUUGGUAAAUGAAGAAAAUGUCUUGAUAUAUUAAACCUACAAUAGAUAAAAAAAAGGUCGUUUGUUUAUGCUUGUGUGCUUUAAUACGGUCAGGAUCGCUUUGUUUGUUCUGCCAGAGAAUCUGAAGCAUGGGAUUAAUAUAAAUUAUAGUUACAUAAGAGGCAAGGGCAAUAUUUAGCCUUUUUGAGUAUGUGCCAGGCGCUCUUUACAUCAGAGAGAGUGUCAGACUGAGUUUGAUAUAUAUAAUCUGUGUGAGACAUAAAGGAGAUUAUAGCAUUUCUAUGUGUGGAUGCCCAUUUGUCCUGUCAGAGGAAUGUACCAUUGACCCUAAUGACCUUUAGUAAAACCUAUGAGUCAAACAACAGUAUCAUAUGGAAGUCAUUACUAAGUAAUGUGAAUACUAAUUAAAAGGACAUGAAAACAGAAAAUGUAACUUUAUGAUUUGAUUAGAGCAUACAUCUAUUAUCAAAUAUGCUUUAUUCUCUUGGCAUCCUUUGUUGAAUAAGCAUCAAUGCACUACUGAGAACUAGUUUAACACACAGGGUGAACCAGAGGCAUAAAUGUGCAGCCAUCAAUCUGCAGUUAGCGCCCAGUAGUGCAUUGCUGCUCCUGAGCCUACCUAGGUAUGCUUUAUAACAAAUUAUAUAAAGACAAAAAAGGCACAAUAGAUAAAAGAAGUAGAUUGUAAAGUUGCUUAAAAUUUGCAUGCUAUCUGAAUCGUGAAAGAAAAAAAAAUUGUUUCAUGUCCCUUUAAUUCUUUUUUCCACAGGUUUAUUUAAAUGCUUGCAGUUAACUAUGUUUUUAAAUACCAGGGAUAUGAAACCCAGUAUUUCAUGAUACAGAUAGAGGGUAAGAUAAAAAAAAAAAACAGGUUGAUUGGCUCAGGAGCACCCACGUGUCUGGAGAAUAUAUAGCAGCAGUUUUGUAAGAAUAUUAUUAACCAAGAGCUAUAGGUGUUUUGUUGCCCUGUUGAGCACCAGACACUUGCAUGUUAUCUACCUAGGUAUGCUCUUCAACAAAGAAUACAAUGAGAAAGAAAGAAAUUUGACAAUAGAAAAAAGUAAAGUUUUUUUGUUUUUUUUAAACUGAAUGCCUUAUCGGAAUCAUGAAAGAAACAAUUUGGGUUUCAUAUGCCUUUAAACACAAAGUCAAGCUUGCACAUUGGGCUGCUGAGCUGGUCCUGCUACAUAAUACGUAUGCUGCUCAAUGCUGCUUCUAAUGGUCUCACUGGUCGUGUCUGCCUCAGAAGCAGCAUUGCAUUAGCAGAUUCUGAGCAGACAUUAAAGGGACAGUCAACACAAAAAUUGUUAUUCCUCUAAAUUUCUGCCAGUAACUAAGCCACUACAGACAGCCUCUUAAUCACAUGUUUUUAUUUGAUUUUCACAACAGGGGAAUGCUAUUCAUGUGAGCCAUAUAGAUAACAUUGUGCUCACGCCCGUGGGUUGUGCACAACACAGCACUAAUGCGAGUCAAUAGAUAAUAAAUAAAAAGUCAUGUGAUCAGGGGGCUGUCAGAGUAUGCUUAGAUACAAGGUAAUCACAGAGGUAAAACAUAUAUUAAUAUAACCAUGUUUUCUGUGCAAAACUGGGGAAUGGUUAAUAAAGGGAUUAUCUAUCUUUUUAACAAUACAAUUUUUUGAGUUAACUGUCCCUUUAAUUACAUCAUAGUUCAGAUUAAGCUUUUGUACAAUAAUAAAAUGCUCUAAUUACAUGUUCUUUUAAUAUUGUAUGUGUGCUGUUUACAAUAUUAAAAUGACUCCUUUUAAUAAAUGAAAUAAAAUAUAGAACUAAGACGGGGGCAGUUAUCUUUUUAUUGUUUUUUUUAACAGGGUUAAUAAAUGGCACUAAUAGCACCAGUUUACUUAAUGGUGUUUUUAGCACCAGUUGAUUGUUUAAGUUUGAUUUAUUUAUUUCUUGAAUAGAGUGAGGAUUGUAAUCAGUAUCCGCUCUGUAUUAAUAUGCAGUUAGAUUCAAUAGUGCACAGUAUAAGCCCUUUACGCACAAUAUGACAACAUUUUGACGCACAUUUUGUUACUCAAAGUGAAGAAUGGAAUCUGGCCCCAAUUUGCACAAUACGUUUGUUUUCACUCCUGUGUUUAAAAAUUCUGGAUAGUGUCCUACACUUUUGUUUUUAUUAUGCAUGUCUAUAUCUACCUAUGUCAUUAUAAGCGGUACAGACCUUGUUUCAAUAGCUUUUCUAAUUGGUACUAAUAUUUUCCAUCGCAGUGGUACAUUUUGUUUUUUUUACAACACAAUAUUACAGGCAAAGAUUUAUGUGACUGAAUCUUAUCCAUGUAACCUUUUGAACCUGUUUCUGACAGAGGUCAACAAACUUUGUUAACUUUUCACCGUAUUUUUAUGAACAUUUAAAAGAAAAAAAAAAUGACGUACAUUUUCUCUUUUAACAUACACUACAGAUUAUGUUGUAUAAAUGUUAAUAAUUGUGCAAUUUUGAAGAGUUGUUUGUUAUGUCUAAUGUGUAUACACAUAUUAAAGUUGUGCUUUUUAGUAAA